AUGUAUAGCGAACUAAAUGACUUUAUCACCCGCCGCCAUGAUAAGGUGCUAAGACCUCUUCACUUUGCCGAUAUUUCCCUUUCGCAGUUCUCGGCCGAGCUAGAAUGUUACCUCUCGGUAUUGGACAGUGGUGGUAGCAUUGCAUUCUGCCGCGGAGAAAAACUGGCCAGCAUUCAACUGAGCCAGAGAUUGGAAACCCUCUUCCAAACCCCAACGCCCCGGGUGCUGGACGGACCGCAAUUGACGUGGACGACCGUAAUUCUCGCGAUUGGCCCUCGUUUCGAUGGACCCCCAACGCUCCGCGUGGGGGAGUCCUUGGUUGAAUUUGCAGAAGACGACCUGGAACUGCUUAGGUCGGGAGCGCCAUGGCGCUUUUUGAACCCUUGGCCAGAUAAAGGUGAUUGCACCAAAGAGCUUCAAUCUGGCGAAAUGACGCUCCAGGAGAUCAACGAAUCUCGCCAGAUUCUGCAUCAAGUCUUGGAUAAAAUGUCAGUACUUGAACAAGGCCUUAUGCAUCAUCGCGAGGUCGUUGCUCAAUUGUUUCAAAACCAACACCCUGCUACUUCUCAGGAAGAGACUCCAAAACUAGUCGAGGCUCGGGACGGCCCGCUGGCUGAAUAUCCCGACAGUGUGGGAGCUUCGGAAGAAAAGGCAUUAGAGCCUCUUGAUCCAAGUAAUGAUCGAACGUUGCGAUCAAAAACCACCGAACUACGUUAUAACGGGUCGGUAGAUAGUUCCACUGCGGAUAUUAGCACGCAGCAUGCGAGUCCGCAAGCCAUGAACGCCGCCAGUCAGGGGUCUAGAUUACAUCAAUCAGAUUUUAUUCAAGAUUUGAGCGAUAUCCUUGACGAUCCACGGAAUUCGGCAGCGAUGCGUUGGUCAGAUGAUGGGCGAUCUAUCUCUCUUGGUUUGGGGAAUGAAUUUCCGGUGCAUUUGCUUCGAAAGCUUUCAACCAAAAGCUAUGAUUCACUCGUUCGGCGGCUCUAUUACUAUGGAUUCCGCAAGACAUGGGGUGCCUAUCAUCAUGAUUGUUUCACUCGCGGCCAGCCCAGCUCAAUAGUACCAACGCGACACAUGAGCCCCAGUCCAUCACCUCGUUCUAUGCGUGAUAGCCCUCGAGGGCCGCGAAUUAAGAUUAUACCAAGAAAACGAGCGAGGAAAAGCGUUGAACAGUUGGCUGGAAAGUGAUAUACUUCUUGGUCUCAAAGUUUGGCUGUGAAUUUUGCGAUGUCCUUGACUCCCACCUGAAGUAUGAUCAUCUGUUUAUCAGGAUAAGUCAACUUUCCGUUCGGCGAAUGGAUACCAUAAUAGCAGGCUAGUCAAGUGUACGGGUAGGCCAUUUGUUGAUCAUGGUUUGUACAAUUGAGAUAAUGCCCAAUCAUUCGCAC